UCCCACGUGUGUGUGCCGGGAGCGCGGCGUUCCCGCUGCCGCGAUGUCGGUGCCGGCUGCUGCCAGCAACCUGCCCAUGCGGCUGCUCCGCAGGAAGAUCCACAAGCGCAACCUGAAGCUGCGACAGCGCAACCUGAAGCUGCGGGCGGCCCAGGGGGCAGUGCCCUCACCGAACGAGGCGGCUUCUCAGGAACCCCCGGAGGAGGAGGAGGUGGAAGAUGCGGCGGUGCCAGAGGUGGGUACAGCGGCCGAGGAGGGCGCGGAGCCUGCGGACGCAGCCGGACCCGGCAGCGGCGAAAAGAAGAAAAAGAAGAAGAAAAAGAGAAAAGCGGUGGCCAAUGGAGAAGAUGAUACAGAAACCAAAAAAGUAAAAACUGAAGAAGAUGAAUCUGCAGAGGCAGAAGAUGGAGAUAAGCAGGACUCUGGAGAGAAAGAAGUGGAAGAGGAAGAAGAUGAAGUGCCCAGUUUGCCACUAGGUGUAACAGGUGCUUUUGAAGACAAUUCCUUUGCUUCCCUGGCUGGUUGUGUCAGUGAGAAUACAUUGAAAGGCAUAAAUGACAUGGGGUUUACACACAUGACUGAAAUUCAGCAUAAAAGUAUUAAGCCUCUUCUGGAAGGCAGGGAUAUUUUAGCAGCUGCAAAAACAGGCAGUGGAAAAACACUUGCAUUCCUCAUUCCUGCAGUCGAGCUCAUCUACAAGCUGAAAUUCAUGCCUAGGAAUGGAACGGGUGUUAUUAUUCUUUCUCCUACUCGAGAGCUGGCUAUGCAAACCUACGGAGUUCUUAAAGAACUUAUGAAUCAUCACGUUCAUACCUAUGGUCUGAUAAUGGGGGGCAGUAACAGAUCAGCAGAAGCACAGAAGCUUGGAAAUGGAAUCAAUAUCAUUGUAGCGACACCAGGAAGACUGCUGGAUCAUAUGCAGAACACUCCAGGUUUCAUGUACAAGAACUUGCAGUGUUUAGUAAUUGAUGAGGCAGAUCGAAUCUUGGAGGUUGGAUUUGAAGAAGAAAUGAAACAGAUCAUAAAACUUUUACCAAAGCGCAGACAGACGAUGCUUUUCUCCGCCACACAAACCAGAAAGGUGGAAGAUCUGGCAAAGAUCUCUCUGAAGAAAGAGCCACUGUAUGUUGGGGUUGAUGACAACAAGGAGACAGCAACAGUAGAUGGUCUGGAACAGGGUUAUGUGGUCUGUCCAUCUGAAAAAAGAUUCCUUUUGCUCUUCACAUUCCUCAAGAAGAACCGGAAGAAGAAAUUGAUGGUAUUUUUUUCUUCAUGUAUGUCAGUGAAGUACCACUAUGAAUUACUCAACUACAUUGAUCUGCCUGUUUUGGCCAUUCAUGGUAAGCAGAAACAGACCAAACGUACUACAACGUUUUUCCAGUUCUGUAAUGCAGAGUCUGGAAUACUGCUGUGCACUGAUGUGGCUGCCAGAGGAUUGGACAUUCCUGAGGUGGACUGGAUUGUCCAGUAUGACCCUCCAGAUGAUCCAAAGGAAUAUAUCCAUCGUGUUGGUAGGACUGCCAGAGGAAUAAAUGGAAGAGGACAUGCUCUGCUCAUCUUACGACCAGAAGAACUGGGCUUCCUUCGUUAUCUUAAACAAGCCAGGGUACCGCUUAGUGAAUUUGAAUUUUCUUGGUCAAAAAUCUCAGACAUCCAGUCUCAGCUGGAAAAACUGAUAGAGAAGAACUACUUCCUUCACAAGUCAGCCCAGGAGGCUUACAAAGCUUAUAUCAGAGCUUACGACUCCCAUUCUCUGAAGCAGAUCUAUGAUGUCAAUAAUUUGGAUCUUCCAAAAGUCUGCCUUUCGUUUGGUUUUAAAGUGCCUCCAUUUGUUGACCUCAAUGUGAACAGCAACCAUGGUAGAAGACUACAGAAAAGAGGUGGAGGUGGGGGAUUUGGCUACCAGAAAUCAAAGAAUGUCCACAAAGCAAAAAUCUUCAAACACAUCAGCAAGAAAUCUGACAAUCGGCAGUUUUCUCGUUAAUUCUGGUCAUUAAAAUGCCUUGGGGCCGUGAAGUAGCUUGCCUUGAUCAAAACCAUCUGGCAGUUACUUCCAAUUUAAACAGCUCCUUUCCCAUUUUUAGGUCUCUUUAAGGAUUUUUUCUCUUCUGGGAACAUCUUUUGUUUUUCACCUCAGGAAGACUCUUCAGAACUGAGGCUAAAGGAGAAUAUGGCCAGGGAAUUUUGCCAUACUGGUUGUAAGGAAGAAGAUAAUUUAAAUUACCUGAAGUCAAUACUACAGAGAUUUUUAUUAAGGAAAGGGAGAAUACCUUUAGGUUUUAUAGAAGAAUUUGCUUUACAUUUACCCUUCUUUGUGUGCAUACCUCUGAAAAUUGUUAGAGUGGACAACAAAAGGACAUCGUGAGAUAAAAAGGUUUUGCUCACAGGAAUUAUUGCAAAGGGUUUUAAUGCUACAGAACUCUGCUUUGGCCAUCAAAUAUGCUGAAGAAUAAUGGGAGAUUCCUUUAGAACUGAACCAUGGAUGAAUAAUUAAGGCUGUAUGAGCUUGUGAAUAAUUUCAGACAUGGUAUCUGUAUAACAAGUACAGUGUCCAAAAUAAAACAAAUAUCUUACAUCGUUCUGGUACAUGAUUAAUACUGGUUAAAUGUGAUACAAUGGUAACACUAUACUGAAAUAUUUCGUUUUCCUUCAUGUCCAGUUUAAAUCUGAAUUUAUUAAUCUGGGGACAUUUAGUGUACUCUGCAAAGAAUUAAGGAAAGCAGAUUACAUAAAUGAAAGCACUCAACCCAGGUAUUUUUUAAAGAUGCUUCAUAACCUUGAUGCAGUGAGAAGUUCUGCAGUUGUAAAUUACAAAAGUGAAUUGCUUUCAAGUCUUGUUAUAUCAGAUCAGCAAUGAGCAAAGUCAGAUACUGCCACAGGAUUGGGGAGGUGGAGAGACUCAAUAAGUGAAAAAUUGAAAUGGCUUAUAAAUAUACUAGAAGGGAAGGAGGAAUAUAAAAACUGAAAUGGAAAAGGAUGGAAUACACAUUGCAGACAGGAAAAAAUGUGGAGGCUUCAGUACAAGAAGAGUACAUAAGUUGGGUAAAAGAGUAAUUGUAUUACACAUUAUUUCCAUCUCUCUGCCAUUGUAGCACUAGGUAACCGCUCUUUAGAGACUACAGUGGUGGUGAGAAGUGUUCAAAAAGUGUUCCUGUGUCAAGGAAAGACUAAAAUGUCACAAAAUCCAGAAAUGUGGGCCAUCUGUGAUCACCGUAAAACAGCUUUUAUUUUACAUUUAAAAUGUAACCCAGGAGCAGUUACAAAUACAAAAGCAUAAGUAGCUAUUCCAAGAUAAAUUGGACUGUUAUUUCUUAGGUCUUCUGAGGUAGCUUGUCAGAUAUGAAACUGAUACAUUGAAAUACUUUUUUAAAAAUCAGUGGACUUCCUUUUCAUCCUUGAGGAAAGCAGAUGGGGAGAAAUAAUAGGACCAUUCUGUUUCUAGUGCUUCCACCAUUCAGAUUGGAGCACUGUCUGGUUUUGCCUCUUAUGAAAUGGCUGACUUUAGACCCUAAUGGGCUUUUAAGAUUUUUCAUGUCAAAAUAAUUUUGUUACUAGAAUUUGAAUGUUUUGUGCUUCUAAGCUUGCAAUGAAAUAGCAAAAUCUU